AUGCAGCGCACACGGAACGUUGGCUACGACGAUGACGACCUGUAUGAUGAUGACGACUACUACGAGGAAGAGGAGGCAGAGGUCAUGUCGGCAGAUGACAAGGAGCAGAUGCGGAUAAGCACCAUCAGUACGCGAGAAGCUUUGGGGAGUGCAGGAUCCAAUAUCAGCGACGCGCAAAUACAGGAGGCGCUAUGGCACUACUACUACGAUGUUGGGAAGAGCGUGAGCUAUCUGAAGAAUAAGUUUGCAGCACCAGCACCAAAACAAGAAGCACAACCAAAGAAGGAGAAGGCUACAUCACGCUUUGAUCAGGCUGCAAGCGCAGCCGUCGAGAAGGCGCCCGUCCCUGCCGGUAAGCACCCUUAUGAACAGUAUAGCUACACGCAGUCAACCUACCCCGUUGCGUCGAGUCUACUGCUGCCGCCCGUAACGAUGCCGUCGAGCGCACAAGACUUCUUUGCCGAUGUUCCCUGGGGCAAGGUCCCAGCUCACAGACUGGGUGUGAUUACGAUCGACGAGCCGCACUUCAGAGGCGGACUUCUUGGUGGCUCUUCCAAAUUGGCAGCACUUGCAGCAAAGCGCAGAAAGGAGAGAGAAGAGGCACAGGCUGCGUCGAAUGCCAACGGCGAGAUGGAUGCAGCAGUCGCUAUGCUUGACAAGCUCACAGUCAAGAGCCAAAAAAACGGCGCACCGGCUGGUGAAGCCGACCGCCCCUCGCGCAUUUCCAAGUACACGGCUCGGAGGCGCUCACCGUCUCCAAAGCCAGAAGCUCCCGUCGAAGAAGCUGCGCCUGAGCCUGAAGCACCGAAGCCAGCAAUCGAGGUCGAAUACCCAGCGCAACGAGCUACAGCCUCCAUGUUUGCAUCCACUCUCUGCGGCACCUCGCGCUCCGCGCAGACUAUCAACGUCCAACAAGAGUUUCCAGCGCCAUAUAGUCACUACAAGGAUUACCAGGACAUAAAGCCAUUUGAGGGACCGAGCCCUGACGACAUCCACUUGCAGCGGGCUUUUCUAAGGCAUACAGGAACCACACCGAAGAAGAAACCAGCGGUCGCUGCGAACGGGGACAAACUUGCCGAUUCUGUCGAGAAAUUGGCAGUCGACGAACCCAAAGUCAAGAGCAAGAACCUGAAUGUCUUGGGCGAACUACAAAAAAGUGGCAUGAAGCGGAUGGCCAAUUUUGUAGUCGUAGGGCACGUCGAUCACGGCAAGAGUACGCUCAUGGGCCGUUUACUAUAUGACUUGAAAGUCAUUGACCAGAGAUCGAUCGACAAGCUACGCAAAGAGGCUGAAACAAUAGGGAAGUCCUCCUUCGCUUUGGCAUGGGUCAUGGACGAGACGAGCGAAGAGCGCAGUCGAGGCGUCACUGUUGACAUUGCGACAAACUACUUCGAGACUGACAAGUCCCGCUUCACCAUCUUGGACGCUCCCGGACACAAAGACUUCAUCCCAAACAUGAUCUCCGGUUCUUCGCAGGCCGACUUCCCCGUAUUGGUGAUCGACUCAAGCACGAACAGCUUUGAAGCAGGCUUGAAAGGUCAGACGAAAGAGCACAUUCUGAUCGCACGAAGUAUGGGAAUGCAGCACAUCAUCGUCGCUGUCAACAAAAUGGACACCGUAGCAUGGUCAAAAGCACGAUUCGACGAGAUAACAAAGAAGAUGACUGCUUUCUUGACUGAAGCCAGCUUCGCCGAGAAACGCAUCACAUUCAUUCCCCUCGCAGGUCUCACAGGCGAAAACGUCGUUACCAAAACCUCCAACCCUGCAGCAGACUGGUACACCGGCGAAACCCUACUAGAAGCCCUUGAACGCAUCGAGCUCCCCCAACGCCAGUUCGAGAAGCCCCUCCGCCUCUCCGUCGCAGACGUCUUCCGCGGCGACCUGCGCUCUCCUCUCAGCAUAUCCGGCCGCAUCGACGCCGGCACACUGCAAGUUGGCGACGUGAUCCUCGCGCUUCCAGCCAAUGAGACAGCGACUAUCAAAUCCAUCGAAGUCCAAGACGCACCUGUUGACUGGGCCGUCGCAGGCCAGAUCCCGACACUCCACCUCACAGACAUCGACCCCGUGCAUCUGCGCCAGGGCGAUAUCGUGUGCUCGCCCAAAGCACCCGUCAAGCUCGUCAAAGCGUUCACCUCCAAACUCCUCGCUUUCGAACACGUGCUACCCAUGCCGGUCGAGGUGUUCAGGAGUACGCUGAACAGCCCAGGAAGUAUCAGGACGUUGAGCGCCAAGUUGAAUAAGUUCACGGGUGAGGUCACGAAGAAGAAGCCGAGAAUUGUUAAGCCGGGGGAGGUGGCAAGGGUGGUGGUGCAGUUGGAGCGCGAAUUGCCGAUUGAGGAGGGUAUGAGGGUGGUUGUUAGGGAGAGGGGGAGGACUGUAGGCGCUGGGCUGAUGGAGAAUGUGGCCUAGCUGUUACCAGUAGAGAUGCAGACCAGAGCUCUCUCCCUGGGAAGAUGUG